GUUUUCUCGUAAAUUUUUAAAGCAAUAAUAGAAAUGGCUGCUCGUAAUAUAAUAAAAUUAGGUGCGUUAGAAGCUAAAAACACUGCUUUUCUAUUAUGUGACAUUCAAGAGACCUUCAGGCCUCACGUAAAGCAUUUUGGAGAGGUUGUAAAAGUUGCUAAUAAGAUGUUAGAGGCAGCGAAACAUUUCAAAAUACCAGUCUACGUGUCCGAGCAGUACCCCAAAGGUCUCGGUCACACGACUAAGGACAUCAAAUUAGAAGACGCAGCUUUAGUAUAUGAAAAGACCAAGUUUUCGAUGUACACUCCUGAGUUGCAAGAACGCUUGAAGAAGGACGUUCCUGAAUUGGGCUCCAUUGUCUUGUUUGGAAUUGAGGCUCAUGUGUGUAUAGAGCAAACAGUCAUUGAUUUGUUGAGUCGAGAUAUUGCAGUACAUGUGCUAGCUGACGGUGUCUCCUCAAGAUCUCUGAUGGACAGAGGAUUGGCUCUUCAGCGAAUGCAAUCAAUAGGCUGUUUCAUAACAACGUCCGAGAACAUUCUGUUUAAAUUAUUGAAGGACAAAAAUAGUCCUGAAUUUAAACCGAUCUCUAAAUUGAAUAAGGAACCGACGGUUGAUACGCUUGGUUACGACACGUUAGCCAAAUUAUAAAAAAAAA